AUGAGAGCGGUCUCUGAUUUUCCAAUUGUUAAUUAUCAGCAAACAAAUCCAUUGCGCCUGUUGCAUUGUGCCGAGAAGCUUCAUCAAUGUCAGUUUUUUCACCGUCAUUUAACCCCUCCCCAGCUGAUAGUAUUAAAUGCAUGUUUGUCAGUAGAGCCGCGGUCAAAGCGCUGUCGAACGUGGGAAGAAUUGAUGAACACAAAUGUCCAUUUGGUUGUGAAAAAGAGGCCAGAUACACAGUUUGGUUUGAGUGAGGGUGGUGACGAGGGCGAGGCCGCGAGUGCAGCAGAUUCUGGCGGCACUGUUGGAGACGGUUAUGUCGAGGAAGCGAAUAUUGAUGGGACAUUGGAAAGCGUAUCACAAGAAGACGCUAAUGAAGAAAUGGAGGGUGAUAGCAGCAGCAGCAAAAUACAAACAAAAUAUAGUGGCGCCGUUGCACCGGAUUCUGGUGAGACCAAAAAGCUGGGACAUGAAAACGAGGAGCAGGACCUCUCAGAAUUUGAUCUUGAGAAUUUACAAGAGCAUAUGUCCGGAACGGACUUUGCUGGAAAUUUGGCGUUGAAAGUAAGGUACGUGCUUUGGGAGAACGCGGUUGAUCAGCUUUUUGGUUGUUACGAGGAAACAGAGAGCGGGUUUCUCUUCCACGAAGAACCAAGUGAAGAAGAGCUAGAAACUGAGAUCGAAACCCUCUCAUCCAAGAAUGAAGUCAGGGACGUUGGCCCCGAUCGUGGGGAGGAAGAUGAUGAUUACGAUAUGGAUGAGGAAGACCCAGCGGUGGAGGAAGAGUCCCAGGUGCUUGUUCAACAGGACACACCUGAUCUCGAGUACGACAGCGACGGUUUUCUGAUACUCUCUUUGGAAAUUUCUAAGGAGACUUUGACGACUUUAAGCAAUCGCGAUACGCAGGCCAUCAUGGAGAGCUUCAAUAAAAUAUACCACAGUUUCGAAGGGGAUAAGGAAACACUUCUCAAGAGGCUAAAACUUGAACAGAGUGAUAAAAUGCUGGAGUCUUCAAAGAAACGAAGAUACUCCCAAGUGUCGGAAGAUGAUGAAGUUCAUAAACAAAACGAACAGGAUCAGGUAAGUGAUAGUGGAGAUAAAAAAACGAGGAUCCCAGAAUCUCCAGAAAAGACUAUUUCUGUAAACCUUGGAUCAGCGAACUUUUCUCUGAAACAUCUCUUGUCUUCCAUACAGGACAACAAAGCAAAGCUUGGUAUCUCUGAUUAUGAAUUGAGACACCUUAUCAUGGAUGUGCGUAAGAAUAGAUCUAAAUGGGCGUCCGAUGAUAGGAUUGGACAGGAAGAACUAUACGAUGCUUGUGAAAAAGUCGUUUUGGAACUGAGAAAUUACACAGAACAUUCAACGGCCUUCCUGAAUAGAGUUAGCAAAAGGGAAGCGCCAAACUACUAUCAGAUUAUCAAAAAGCCUAUGGAUUUGAAUACCAUUUUGAAAAAACUCAAAACAUUUCAAUAUAAUUCCAAGCAAGAUUUCGUCGAAGAUUUGAGACUGAUUUGGAAAAACUGCCUCACUUACAACUCGGAUCCUAAACAUUUUUUGCGAGCUCAUGCCAUUGCUAUGCAAAAGAAAUCCCUGACUUUAAUACCACUCAUACCCGACAUUGUCAUACGAGAUAGGGCUGAAGUCGAGAAGGAAUUUGAAGAUAUCGACAAUGAGAAUCUCAAAGAUGGGUUAGUGGAUGAAGAAACAUCUGGAACGGGACGGAAGGGUGGCAACGUAAGAGGAAUUGUUCAUGAAAACGACGAAGUGGGCAAGAUCAAUGGCUCUAAUUCUGUUGAAGACAAACCAAAGACCUCUCCAAAGACGCUUCCGGAGGAGGACAACCAAGUCGAAGAACCAGACGGACGUCCCGAACAAGAAACUGAUAGGGAGCAUCAAGAAUUAUCGAAGGCGCCCGGUAUUGCUCAACAUGAUCCUGAGGUGAUCGAGAAGUUUGAUUCUGAGGUCCAAUCCAACGAUGGAGACGAUCUACAGGAUGGAACAAAGGAAUUGCAAAAAGUCGCGGGAAAUGAAGCUAAACAUGUUGAAGGCGAAGAAGAGGAAAAUGAUGAUGAGGAAGAGGAGGAGGAGGAAGAAGAAGAAGGGGAGGAGGGCCUUGAGUCAGGGUUGUUCUUGACAGAAAAAGACGAUGACGCCGACGACCUUGAGCUGAGUACCUGGAAGAGCCUUACCGCUACAGCUAGAGCCGACAUGUGCGCCAAAAGAGCUGGUCUAUUUAAAGGUCCAGAAAUAAAUCACGAAGCUUUGGCAAUUUUGAGAAACCCAAGCAAAAUGAAGGGCUUCGACCAGAUUCUCAAAGAAUAUCAUGAACAACAGGAAGCUGAGGUGAGGCGAAGAGAAUUAGAAAACGAGUCUAUGAUGAAAAAUGGUUUUGGUGCCAUUGUGAAAACUGAGUCAGAAGAUUUGCCUCAGUCUCAACUACUUCCCUCUGCUAACAAUAGUGCAAGCGAAAUUGACAAAUCAGCUACGGAGAUAGAACUGGACGAUGCAUCGGUUCUGAUGGAAUACAACGUUGCAAAUGCAGUUCCGGAGGUAACCUAUAAAGGCUUGGAUAACGAAACGCUCGAUAAAGAGGAGUCGCUACUUGUUCAGAAAGUAUUAUUAGAAGGAGACAAGAUGCCUAAUGUUUUCGCGCUGAAUACCGACAAGGGCCUUUCAAAUAAGACUAACAGAAAUAUUCAACUAAUUCAGGAGGUGAGACACAUCUGCCAUAAGAUUUCGUUAAUUCGAAUGCUCCAAAAUCCUGGCCAGCAGGCUAAAAGCAAUACAGGACAAACGAACAGUCAAAUCUGGGAUACGCAUCGCUAUAGAUACACCAGCAUAAAUGAGAACAUGGACAUUGAUCCAGUUUCCAAACUUGAGACCCAUGACUACAAAAAUGACAAGCAAGUGGUUUGGCGAAUAAUGCAUAAGAAUGUAUCCAAAAUUGCAAUGUCGAGUGGAUUCGAAAGCACGCAGCCGAGCGCUAUUAACAUGCUUACCGAGAUUGCUGGGGAAUACAUUUCGAAUUUAAUAAAAACUGUAAAAAAUCACCAUGAGGGCAACUCCCUUAAUCAUAAGACUUCUGGAGACAUACUGAAAAUGUCAUUGCUCGAAAAUGGCAUAAAUAAACCAGAUGACCUUUAUUCUUACGUCGAGUCUGAAUUUGUUAAGAAGACUAAGAAAUUGCAGGACAUCAAGUUUAAGCUCAACAACUUCCUAAAGGAUCUACUCAGGCCAACACUUCAAGACUUGUCGGAGAAGAACUUUGAUGAUGAGAGUCAAAGUUUUUUAACAGGUGACUUCUCAAGCGAAUUGUCAGGCGAGGAUUUCUUUGGCUUUAAGGAUUUAGGUUUGGAUAGGGAAUUUGGAGUCUUGAGCAACUCAGUGCCUCUUCAGUUACUUACAUUUCAGUUUAGAGGUAAAGGCGCUGAGGCUACUGUGGAAGAAAAUAGAAUUCAGCCAGAAGAGUUCAACGAGGUUGUAUACCAGGGGCUCUCGGAGCACGAUAUCGAGAACAGUGUUUGGAACACACUACAACCUUUACUCAAAAAGGCGCUUGAGCGAUCCAAAGCCUAUACUAGUAAGCUUCAGAAAAGUAAAUUGCAAGACGGAGAAGGAUCUGCGGAGCCUGUCGGAGAUGGUCAACCGCGCAUAUUAGAGGACGAGGACGUGCCCUCAAAAUCAAAAGCCUCCGGAAAAGCGCGUCUACCGCCAACAGGCAAAAUUAGCACAAAUUAUAAGAAAAAACCAUUGGCUGAUGUCUUUGUCAUCCCAGAUGUUGAGAUGGAUGAGAACACCGGCGAAGAUGACGGUUUGGAUGCGACUCCCAGAAAAUCAGCUAGUAUUAAACUAGAAGCUAAAGUUAAUGGCAAUGGUGCAGGAUUGGAGAGCUCAUUAGAAGCUCAUCAAUCAUUGAAUAUGGAGGCAGCCGUUUCUUCACAGUGA